UUUUUUUUUUCGGGGGGUUGAAACUGACACACAAUGAGUCGGGAGGAACAACGGCCUGAGAAAACACGGCUUCUGUAAAUAAACACAACAAUCAGGCGAGCCGAGCAACAUGGAGGAUCAGUGCACGGUACAGGUGAAGCUGGAACUGGGCCACCGCGCUCAGCUGCGCAAGAAAGCUACGUCCGAAGGCUUCACGCAUGACUGGAUGGUGUUCGUACGAGGGCCCGAGAACAGCGACAUCCAGCACUUUGUAGACAAAGUCAUCUUCCGCCUGCACGAGAGCUUCCCAAAGCCCAAGAGAGUGUGUAAGGAGCCUCCAUAUAAAGUAGAAGAGUCAGGAUACGCAGGAUUUCUCAUGCCUAUAGAGGUCUACUUUAAAAACAAGGAGGAGCCGAAGAAAGUCCUUUUUAACUACGACCUCUUCCUGAACCUGGAGGGCAACCCGCCUGUCAAUCACCUGCGCUGUGAGAAACUCACCUUCAACAACCCGACCCGGGACUUCCGCAAGAAACUGGUCAGAGCUGGAGGAAUCAUCGUGGUGCCCGAGGGGGCGGAGCUGGUGUCCAGGCCGAGUCCAGACUACCCAAUGCUUCCCACAAUCCCUCUGUCCGCCUUCUCCGACCCCAAGAAGAGCAAAAGCUGCCAGGGCCCCAAGGAGCUCACUAAAGAAAACAGCAACAUUUCGAAAGCCCCCAAACCCCACAAACUGGCCAAGGAGCACCGCGAGCGUCCUCGGAAAGACUCGGAGAGUAAGAGCUCGUCCAAGGGCGACGCAGAACGAGACAGCAGCAGCAGCAGCAGCAAAGGCAGCCGCGAGCCUUCGUCGUUCUCCUUGUCCUCCUCUUCGAAGAAGCCCGAGAUCAAAGUAAAAGAAGAGAACAAAGCUCCGCCCAAAGCUGCUUUCAAAGAGCCCAAACUGACGCUCAAGGAGCCCAAGAUGGAAGGAACGAGUCCUAAAGGAGGCGGUCCGGGCGGAGGAGGCGGCGGAGGAGGCGGAGGUGGGGGAGGGCCCGAGAUCAAACCGGGGAGCAAGCGCCCUUCCAAUGCAGAUUCGCCCAAGUCCAGCAUUAAGAAGCCCAAAAAGGGAGGCGGAGAAAGUCAGAAAAGUUCAGGAGGCGGGGUUUUUCCAGGCACCUCCCCGCGUGUCUCGUCAUCCUCUUCCUCCUCCUCCAUGGCUCCGGCACCGGGUUUUGGAGACAAGAAGAGCUCGAAGCAAAGAGGGUCAUGGAUCAAGAACAAACCCGAGACCCCGGAGGUCAAAGAGCAGAAGAAGCCGCCCGAGUCAGACGAGUCGAACUCUGACGACGAGCUCUCGUCCAAGUCUGAGGUCAGAGCGAGAUCAGCGCUGCAGAUGCAGUCUGCUCCAUCCAGUCCGUCAAACUCCAGCUCCAGUUCGGAGUCCAGCUCUGACUCAGACUUUGAGCCGCAACAGAAACAAGGCCAAGGACCUCUACGCUCCAUGGUGGAGGACAUGCAGUCCGAGGAGUCUGAUGAAGACGACAGCAGCUCGGAUGACGAGACGCCAGGGAAGAACAACCCUCCUAACCGUGACUCCAGGUUGAGUUUAGACAGCGAGAGUGACAGCAGCGACGGACCCCACCGACCCAGCCGAGACCCGCCGCCCCCUGCGCCCAAGCACACCUCCGCCUCCAAUAACAAUAAGGUGACGGGGAGGAAGAGUCCCGAGCCGUGUCUGAGGCAGGAGAAGGUUAUGAAGAAGGGCUACGACAAGGUAGGAAGGGCAUACACAGAGGAGUUAGUGGACCUCCAUCGCAGACUAAUGGCACUGAGAGAACGAAAUGUACUACAGCAGAUCGUGAACCUGAUCGAGGAAACGGGCCACUUCAACGUCACCAACACCACCUUCGACUUCGACCUGUUCUCACUAGACGAGUCGACCGUGCGCAAACUGCAGAGCUACCUCGAGGCCACGGCCACGUGACAGGAAGCGGGGCGGGUCCGAGGGGGGGGCGGAGCUCGCCCUCAUUCUCCACACCGGGCUUGAGGGUGGGCUCAAAGGCACGGCUGGAGGAAAAGAAAGAAAAGCAGCGGCGUGAACAGAAUCCACAGCGAGGUGUCUGGAAGACGUAAAGGCACAGAGAGAGAACGAGGGAAGAAGCGAUGAAGUCGGGGCUGGCACUUCCUGUCGGAGUUGUGAUGAUGUUCUGGGAGCUGUGUGAUGAAGAGCACGGCCGUCCUCUUGCUUUUCAGUUUGCUCAUGACGCAAACCGCAGCCUGCUAAAGAGUGUGUGUGUGUGAGUGUGUGUGUGUGUGUGUGUAUGUAUCCUGUCCUUUUCAUUCUUCCUUCUCUCCUCUUCCUCCAGCACUCGAGCAUUCAUCCCGAAAGUAGCCAUGCCCUCACAUCCCGCUCUUUUUUAAUAUUUUUUUAUUUUUGUACAGAAGUAUUUUUGAUGGGAGACGUGAACAAGACGUGAACAAGACGUGAACAAGACGUGAACAAGACGUGAACAAGACGUGAACAAGACGUGAGAGAUGAGCGAAUGUACGUUUAUUUGUCGCCUAGGGCUAGCGCUUAGUGCCUUUUUCCACCAACCAGCCGACUGCCUGACUGCUGUUCGAGAGCAGUAUCUGAAAGCUGUUGAAAGCGUUGUGUGGCCCUCGCGUUGCUGAAGAAGCACACACACAUACACACUCACACACACAUACACACUCACACAUCCUCCUUUUUUCACGACUGACGCCUGCAAAAACUAGUGUUUCCCUCCGACCGCGUCCCGGGGCUUAGCAUCUCCCGGUUUUUUGCCAGUGAGUAUUAAUGACUGUGUUUCGCCAAGCAGGCCUUUUAGAGACUCCUUGAAUAUUGUACAUAGAUGCGUGCAACGUGUGAAAGUAUUCGGGGAUCAUGUUUUGCUGUUUGUUUGUUUUUUUGUUUAGGGUUUUCGUCUUGUCACGUCUGGAUCGUGCUUAAACGGGAAAGACGUGACGCGUAACGGCGAAGCGCUACGUCCAGAGAGGUCCGUAAAAUGACGUGUCCUGAUCCUAAAUUAAAUUUGAUUAGAACAAAGCAACUGAAGCUGAACACUGUGUGCCAAAACUUUUACACCAGGCACGUUGAUCUGAUAUUCAACAUCGUUUGAACUGUGUAUGUUAACGCGUUAGCGUUCUACAGAACCGUCAGUGAAAUUUGUUUUUAAUUUUGUUUCUUCAACACUGACAUUUGCAACUAUUUUAAUUUCCGAGAGAGACGCAAGAGGUAGCUGGAGGCAGAAUUCUCCAUAACGAUGAAUACUCAGCGAUUUUAAGGCGGUUGCUAUGGUUACGCUUCUCCAUUCGCUCUGUCGCUUUUAAUUGUAGUUUAUAAGCUAUGAAUAUGUUGAUUCUUGUUGUCAUGGUUACAUUCCAACAGGGUUACACGUCGUCAAAGAUGUUGAUGGUGAUGGUUUGAGGUUUCUUGAUGUAAAUCACACCAGCCAAUCAGAAACAAGCUUUUUCCAGCAUUCGAUUCAUUUAAGCCGAGGCUGUGUCCCAAAUCGGACACUGUGAUUUUUAUGGUUCUUUACUUCGUGCAAAAGAUGAUGACGUUUAUUACAGAACAGAGACUGAGGCGACCUUCGCACCAGCAAACACCAGGCGUUUUCCUCAUGCUUCAGCGACACAGUGACUGUUGAGCGGAUUAAAGUGUCGACUCUAAACGAUUCAUCCAGAACGAUUCAUCUUGAACAGUUCAGAAUUAAAAUACUUUAUUGAUACAAUUUUCUUGAGGACAUAACUAAAGUAUUUUGAUUCUGAAUUCAUCCAGAACGAUUCACCUUCAACAAAACUUAAUUUCCCUGAGGGAAAUAAAUUAUUCUGGUUCUGAAUUGUUCAAGAUGAAUCAUUCUGGAUGAUUCAGAAUCAGAAUACAUUGAUCCCUUCAGGGAAACUUAAUUUCACUGAGGGAAUCAAUAAAGUAUUUUGACUCUGAUACAUCCAGAAUGAUUCAUUCCAAACUGUUUAUCCAGAAUGAUUCAUCCUGAAUGAUUCAUCUUGAACAAUUCAGAAUCAGAUUACUUUUAUUGAUCCACUCUGGGAAAUACGAUCAGUAAAUAUUUUGAUUGAUUCAUCCAGAACAAUUAAUCCAGAACGAUUCACCCUUAAUGAUUCAUCCAGAACGUUUCAGAAUCAGAAUAUUAAGUUGACCUAAUAAUCCCCUGAAGGGAUCAUUAAAGUAUUUUGAUUCUGAUUUAUAUUGAACGAUUCAUCCUGAGCGAUUCAUCCUGAAUGAUUCAUCGCAUAUGAUUCCUCUGAAGUGUUCGAGUGAUACCUAUGGCACGUGCGGUCUAACGUUUUUUUUCCGGUUCCCUACUCGUGAGUUUUAGUGUUUGUCGAGUAAAAAUUUCGGAAUACUGUCUUUUACUCUACUCUCAGUGGUUAUAUUUUCUCAGACGCUCUCUCUUAAGUCGUGUGAUUUUUAGGUUUAAUGAUAAACGAGACACCGAGCCUCUCUGGACACGUGCAGCGACGCCGUUACGCUCGCGUUCCCUUUCAGAGCAGCGAGAAAUCUUGAGUCAUUUUUUUAUUCGAUUUUAUUUUUUAACUCCUCACUGUGACUCGUGUUUGUCUUCUUUCUUUCUCCACGAAUGGCGUCCUUCGUCUUUCUGAUGCUAAUAGUUUUAUAAGGAUUGACAGCCCCCACGCCUUUUCCUUAACCCUGUGUGUGUGUGUGUGUGUGUGAGAGAGAGAGAGAGAGAGAGAGCGAGAGAGAGAGAACAGAGGUGUGUGUGUUCGUGCAAAUCAUUCAGUCCUCUAUUGUGCAUGAACUUUUGACUCCCCCAAGUCCGGGUUCAUGAACUCUUCGCUUUUGACCAGACGCUUUGAAUCGUAAAAGGGGGACGGGUCACGGGAGGGGGCGGGGAGUAGAAGGGGGGUGUGAAUGGGCGGAGCUGAGUGCUGUUUGAAUGACGUGUGUGUGAAGCGAGCCCGAGACCAGUCUGCGUGUUUGUUAAAUAUUAGGUUCUAUUUUUUAUUUGUAUACCUCUGCACUUUUUUUUUGGCUGUGGUGACUCGAGUACUUAAUUAUCUGAACUGUAUUUUUAAAAAGAAAA